GAAGCCAGCUUGGCAGAAGCCCAGUUCGACAAAGAAGUGUCUCAAAAUGCCUCCAGGUUUGACUGGCAGAAUUUCAACAAUGCAACACUCAAGAGACUCUUUGAUAAAAUCACUGGUCUUGGAACCGCAGCUCAGACUGACCAGGCAAAACUGGAGGAGCUCAACAAUAUACUCUCCGAGAUGGACAACAUCUACUCCACUGGGAAGGCGUGUGAGUACGACAACCCGUCCAACUGUCUGGCGCUGAACCCAGAUUUAUACAACUGCCUGGCUGACUCGCGUGACUACGACCGGCUGCGGUUCUGCUGGGAAGGCUGGCGGGACGCCGUGGGCAGACAGCUGAAGGACAAGUACCCUCGCUUCGUGGAACUCAGCAACGAUGCCGUCGGUCAAGAUGCUCAGAGAUGGGAAGACACGGGAGCGUACUGGCGCUCCUGGUACGAGACAGCUGACUUCCAGGAACAACUGGAGAACCUGUACAACCAGCUCACGCCUCUGUACAACAACCUGCACGCUUACGUCAGGAAGAAGCUCAGGGCUACAUACGGACAAGACAAGAUCAGUGCCACUGGGCCCAUCCCUGCUCAUCUGCUAGGUAACAUGUGGUCUCAAUCCUGGAUCAACAUCUACGACCUAGUGGAGCCGUACCCUGGCAAGACGAGCCUGGAUGUGACACCGAAGAUGCAGGCAGAUGGAUGGACAGUCGAUCGGAUGUUCCGUACGUCAGACGACUUCUUUAAGGACAUGGGUCAAGUGGAGAUGCCGCAGAACUUCUGGGACAACUCCAUGUUCGUCAAACCGGCAGACAGAGAAGUGGUCUGUCACGCGUCCGCAUGGGACUUCUACAACGCGCAUGAUGUCAGGGUUAAGAUGUGCACCAACAUCAACAUGGACGACCUGGUCACCAUCCACCACGAGAUGGGUCACAUCGAGUACUAUCUACAGUACAAGCACCAUCCCGUUCCGUUCCGGCGGGGAGGAAACCCGGGCUUCCAUGAAGCGGUGGGAGAUCUGCUGGCUCUGUCCGUGGCCACUCCGACACACUUACAGGGAAUCGGCCUCUUGGACAAUGUGGAAGACGACAACGAGUCUGACAUCAACUUCCUGAUGAGUAUGGCCCUGGACAAGAUCUCGUUCCUGCCGUUCGGUUACCUGAUGGACCAGUGGAGAUGGGCGGUCUUCAACGGCUCUAUCACUCCGGCAACCUACAACGAGGAGUGGUGGAAACUCAGGACUCAUUACCAGGGUAUCGUGCCACCUAUCCCGAGGAACCCCGCCAAAGACUUUGAUCCCGGCGCUAAAUUCCACAUCCCUGGUAACACCCCUUACAUCAGGUACUUUGUGAGUUUUGUAGUUCAGUUCCAGUUCCACAAGGCCCUGUGUGAGACUUCCGGGCACACCGGUCCGCUGCACAAGUGUGACAUCUCUGCAGGGCCCAACAAGGCGGCCGCUGGGGAAAAGUUGGCCCGAAUGCUCCAGAUGGGUUCCAGUGAGGAGUGGCCUGUCGCCAUGGAGGUGAUCACUGGCCAAAGGACGAUGUCAGCUCAGCCGAUCGUGGAGUACUUCCAACCACUCAUCACUUGGUUGGAAACACAGAACGCUGGAGAGAGGCUCGGCUGGGACGAAAGCUGGACUCCUACUUAUGACUGUGCGGCGACUGACGGCUUCACCUGUGCUGACGGGUCGAAGUGCAUCCGGCCAGGGGACCGCUGCGAUGGCGUCAACGACUGCCCUGACAACUCCGACGAAAAGAAUUGUCCUGUCGCAUCGGCACAGAGUGUGACUGUAUCCAUGGCGACUACAUUCCUCUCGGCUAUCGUCUGCAGUCUGUUCGCAAUGCUGAAUUAGAGCCAGUUAGUAGUAUAUUCCUCAAUCAGUGACUCUUUUGAAAGGUAGAAACAGGUACCUCCAAAUUGUCGAUAUCCUCUGUACAUCUUGAUCACGGAGUGACCUAGUCUCGCGAGAACACGAGAUUAGGUCGAGACUUGUGUGGAUCUUCUGGCCUCCCCCGCCUCCUUGCGGAGUAGGCGGACUUGGGCAGCUCCCAACCUUCGAAUUCGUUACGAUUCAACCCAGCACGUUUCAACUGGAUGUGGACCGCUUCCUUAAGCUUUGUAUGUGCCUUCCGGGAUUCUUGUUCUAUGAUCUCGACCUAGUCUCGUGUUCUCGCGAGACUAGGUCACUCCGUGAUCAACAUGUACAUUGGACAUCGAAAAUUUGGAGAUAUGUGUUUCUAUCUUUCUAAAGAGUCCCUGAUUAAGAAAUAUUAUAAUAGUACUGAUAAUUCUACGUGACUGAUGAACCUCUUCAAUGAAUUAGAGCCGUCUUCUUCGCUGGUCGCAACUUCUAGCUCUCAUCAUUAGUCCUCAAUAGUCUCAGGAGGUUUAUGCAAAAUCAACAUCUACCUCCGUUUACAACAAACUCUGGAAAAUUAGUUUCAUUCUUGUAGUGACUCAGGUUUGCUUGUUGUUAAUUCGAUAUCUAGAAAGCUUUCGAUUGUUAGAUUUAGAAGUAAAAUGGUGUACGAUAUUCUUGGCAAUUGUUCAUUACUCUACAUAAUAGAAAAUAAUUCUGGUAUCUAUUGUACGCAUGCGUCAUGGGGUCAUGAAGGUUUGACCUCUACAGGUCCUGAAUCCCGACACAUGAGGAGGAUAAGAGAUUUUACUUCAUUUUGUUGUUUUAUAGUCUUUAUUUAGUUUAUUAUCAAUCCAUCAGAAAGAAAUAUAGAAAUACAAAGAGAAAUAUAGAGAGAAACAGGGUGCACUGGUGUCCCACAAUACUUCAUGAUUAAAAGGCGUCAGCAACGUUUAGAUAUGUCCUCACCUUCACUUCGUCAACGAGUAAUCUUCACUUCUUUCCCGCUCGUACAUUAAUAGAGAUGCCCUUUAAGCUAGCUAUAGACAGAUGCCUUUCCUAUACUCAAGUAGUGAUGUUUAAAUCUACAAAUAAAACUUGUUAAUUGAA